AAAACUACUUGUCAAAUACAACUAAAACACAGAUCUCUUACUCUCCAACAUCCCAUUUCCCCUCUUCCCCAACAUCAGCUGUUCGUUUUACUUCCCUUACCCUCUCCGCCAAAUCAUGCAUCAAAAAAAAAUUUUGAUCUCCUAACCCUAAAUCUCCAUCCAUGGACAGUCCUCCUUCCGAUGAGUUCUCUAUCACCAUCCCAAUUCCAAUUAACCCUUCCUCCUCCUCUUCCACCGCUGCUUCCUCUUCUACCUCAUCUUCCUCCUCCGCCCCUUCCCCAAGUCGCUACGAAUCACAAAAACGCCGCGACUGGAACACUUUCGGUCAGUACUUAAGGAAUCAUCGCCCUCCACUCUCACUCGAACGCUGCAGCGGCGCUCACGUUCUCGAGUUCCUCCGAUACUUAGAUCAGUUCGGCAAAACCAAAGUUCACACGCAGAUGUGCCCUUUCUACGGCCACCCCAACCAGCCCGCUCCUUGCCCCUGCCCUCUACGCCAAGCUUGGGGUAGCCUCGACGCGCUUAUCGGCCGACUCCGCGCUGCGUAUGAAGAGAAUGGAGGCCGGCCGGAGACUAACCCCUUUGGCGCACGCGCCGUGCGGCUUUAUCUCCGUGAGGUGCGUGACAUACAAUCCAAGGCGCGGGGAAUUAGUUACGAGAAGAAGAAGCGCAAGAAGCCGCCUCCAGCCGCUUCUGCAGCAGAUGAACAACAUAUGUACCCCCCCGGCUCUCCGCCUUCGGCUGGUUGCGCUUGAGAUCUAGAAACUGGUAAUAUUUAUAUAUAUAUAUAUAUACACGUAUAAAUAUUAUAACUGUGCGAACUUCUGAGUAUGAGAUAUAUUAUUGGUUGGCUUAUUAGUUUAUGCUGCACUUCGUUGAAAGAGUUGGAAUUCAUCUAUUGGACCUUUGGACUAUAUCUCAAUGCUUGAUUUGGUCUGUUUUUUGUUUUCCUUAUACGAUACUGUUGGUAUUGGAGUUGCUGUUCAUAGUGGGGGUGACUGUGGGGGUUUAAGUAAAAGAUGAGGAGAGCGAACAAGCGUAUACAGAGAUAGUUAACCCUUUUUUGGCCUUUCAUGAAAUUUAC